GUAUAUUUUUCUCAACCACUUAACCAAUUUACUAUCAUUGUUUAGAUUUACCCGAUUUGUUUCAAAAAAUCAGACAGCAAGCGCAUAUCCUAUAACCAUGGAAUCCCUUUCGGCGACGGGGAAAUAUUCUGAGUGCAUUUUUAAAGGCUCAAAACCGAAUUAUCACUGACCGCUGAAAAUUAAAAACAUAUGUGCGGAUAAUUUUGAAAAUUGUAUUCAGAGACUCAUUUCGCAACAUCAGAAGUAUUUGGAAAAUGACAUAACUGAAAUAUGGAUCACGCAACAUUACACGUGCAAGAAAGAAAUGUAUACAAAAAAUAAAACAAGGAAAAAACAAGAUAAGGGUUUCAGUAUAUAAACCGCCAAAAUCAACGUUCAUUUCACUCGCCAACAGCUAUAAUCUUCAGAAAAUACUUUAAAAAAUUGCCCCCCCCCCCUGUAUUUUGGGGCAAUGAGGAUCAUCAUUCCAAAUCUGCUGGUAAUCUCAGCGUUUUUCAUCUACACUGUUGAACCAGGUUCAACUACAUCUAAUAGCAGUGAAGAAUCUCCAAGUAAUGUUCCUCUUUAUGUAGAUGGGAGACCACUUGCUCCCGGUGAACAAUACAUUGUGCACAAAAGCAAGGGCUUGGUUCUUACAAAAGUCAACUUUAAAACUCAUGAUGUUAUCCCAUUCAAAGACUCGUUUCAAACAUACCAAGAGAGAGAAUUUCAUGAAUACAGAAUUGUAGAGGGUCCACAUGGUGAAAAAUUCGAGCGUUUUCUCGUUAAACCUGAUCAAUGGUUAAAGGAUAUUUAUUCUUAUUCUUGUGAAUCUAAAAAUCGCUGGAUAUAUCUCCGUGCUUAUAGAGUGUAUGAGGAACAUGUUGAGGAUGAAAAAUUAAGAAAAGUAGAAGAAGAUCAGCGUAGGCUACAAGAAUAUCGAAUUCAGCUAACGGCAUAUGUAAAUCGAUCAAAAGGUCGGUUCUAAUUGG